AUGGGAAUCGAAAAGAUGGGCGAAAGCCAGUCAAUCGGAGUCACAUCUUCAGGAGGCGACGUCGUCGCAUGCCGAAAAACAUUAGCAGACACUUCCAUACGUCCCGACGAUGUCUCUGUGGAUCUGGCAGCGCAGUUCUUUCGUAUGCGCCGUUCAAGUUAUCAUUCGAGUCCCACUCAGCAUGCAUUUGACGAUCCUCUCGCUCCGACCUCAGAAGACCGAUCGCAUAUGACGGUCAGUCGCUCUCGUACAGACAGCCGCCCCUCUUCUUUUGAGCCGGUAGCACUAUCAAACAUACCUUAUCGCGUUAAGGAACCGUUGCGUAACCCGGUGAAACACUCCAGGGGAACCACUUUUGCCGAUAGCCAUGGUCGCACCAAGGAGUUAAACGGGGAUGGCCGCAUUCUGAGCAAGCGCUUCUCGGGAGACUCUGGAUACAGUACGGAUAUAUAUCGUCACCAGACGUCUGUCAGAAUUUUGCAGGAUACAUAUAAACAUGGUCGCCAAAGACAGGAGGGUCUAGGGGCGGUCGGGGCCAAGAAAACACCCAAAGCAUGGCAGCCAAUUCCUGCUCUGCAGGCACCAUCAAAUCGACAAAAGAGGUCUCUCAGGUCCAUGGAAUGCUACAGCCCAGAACCGGAUUCAAGCUUUCCUAACUCUCGACCCUUGUCAAGGUAUACUGACGAACACAAAGCUGUUAAUGACAUCGACAAAACCAAGAGCUCGUCGCCCCAGAAAAACCUAGGUUGUGGAACUAAAGAGCCUGUUAGACGGCCUGUAUCUUAUGAAACUCCCCAACCAAAAGGUCUGAGGAGAGUAAAAGCCAAGACGACCUUGCGAUCAGAAAAUGCCGUCGCUCAAUCCAGAACUCCAAGGCCGGAAAUUCACGUCUCUUCUGGGUUUUACGACAACCCAUCUGAAGACUCUCACAUACCAGACUGGAGUCUGCAAUCUUUGCCCAAAACACCCAAGUCAACUGCUCGAAAGAACACGCGGUCAACUACAAGCAGGGCAUCUCAACAAGCCCCUGGGCAGCCAACUUCUCCAGUCGGCCAGUCCACCGAUAUAUCUGACCCUUAUUCUCGCAUUUCCCCACUCGUCGAAGAACACUCGGGGUCAGCCACAGAAAGCGACAAUGACUCCUCCAUCGAAUCGAGCGUCUUUUCAAUUCCCGACUCGCCAUUCCAGCCCCAUCAGCUUUCAGCCGAUGACCCCUUCGCAACAUACAUUGAUGCUGUCGUUGAAAGAGUCUUCUUUCACUUCCGCGUGUGGCAAAUCCGCCAAAGGGGCGGUGGGCAAGGCGGCGAAAAGGAAACGCAAAGAACCAACGCAUCCACACCAGACUCACCCCUCCGCUCACGAAAGAGAUCGCAUUCAGACCACCCAAGUCAAACACCAUUAGGGGACGACGCAGACGCCACUCCAGACUCAAAACGUGCCAAACUCCCCGCAACCGCCACAGGAAGAAUGCUCGCCUGUCCCUUUUGGAAGAAAGAUCCAGAGAGCCACCGCCACUGCUAUAAAAAGGUUCUCAGCCGCAUCAAGUACGUCAAACAGCACCUAUACAGGUUCCACGAAGAGCCCAUAACCUGCGUCUGCUGCGGGGCGGAGUUCGAAACCGAAAGCUCCCGUGACGAACACCUCCGCGCCCGACGCUGCCAAGUCGUCGAAGGCGGCUCUGUGCCCGAGGGUCUAACUCGCGCGCAGCGCCGCGAUGUCCAGCGCCGCGCGGACCCCAGUAAAUCUGAGGAGGAGCAGUGGUUCGUCAUAUGGGACAUAAUCUUCCCCGGUCACCCGCGCCCGACGUCCGCGUACAUUGACAGCGACUUGUCUGAGCCCCUAUCCAGCUUUCACGAAUUCUACACUAGUAACGGGCCGGACAUCAUCAUGGAGCACCUGGAGAUAUACGAGCCCGAGAUGCGGCGGGUAUACGAGCGGGUGGUUUGGAGCCAGGUCCUGGAUAGGAUAUACGAGCAAUGGGCGAAGAGGAGGGGACUGCGACGGGCUGCCGUGGGCAUGAUGACACCGCCGAGAACCGAGCCUUCUUCCGUUGCCGCCGAGUCGGAUGGUGCGGCGAGCUUCCGUUCUAUCAGUUACUACGGCGCUCCUCUUAGCUACGGGCAGUCGUCGUACAUGGCUGAGACCACACUGCCCGUGUCGACUAGCAAUCUGCAGUUCGCGGGUCAGGGGCUCGAAGUGCUUGGGUCCAGGGACGGAACGGACCUAGAACCGGAUCCUCGAGAGCUGAUUACUGACCUUGAUUACUUGUUCGCGGAGUAUGCCGGGAGGGACCACUCUGGGCAAGGGAGUCAAUCCAGGGUGUCGUACCCAAGGUAA